GUUAUGUUUAGUUACGGCCGUAAUAAUUUUACCUGGAAUGGAACUCUGAGGGAGCUGGAGGGUAGCUCACCAGCCUUCUGCACAGGCCGGCUAAGAAUGACAGCCUCCCCGGGCUCCUCCAGCGGCGUAGAGGUCCUCCUGUCCGCUCUGCAGAAUGAAGGGGAUGUAGAGAGCACCGUAAAUAUACUCAACGUCCUGGAUGAACUUCUGUCAGCUGGGACAGAUCGUCGUAUCCAGUAUAUGAUCAGUAAAGGUGGCAGCGAGGCCCUGCUGACUGCACUGGUCAAAAUCGGCCGCAGUUUCACUCCCAACUACACCGUCCUUCUGCCACUGCUGCAUCUGCUGGCUAAAGUUGGACACAGAGAUCGUCGUAUUGGAGUGAAGGCAGAGGACGCUGGAGCUGUGCUGCUGACUCUCAAUUUGCUCAAACAAAACAUCAAACAUGCCAAGAGGGCUGCAGCCUGCCUCUGGGUCAUCCAGGUCUUCUCCUCAUCAGUUUCUACUGCAAACCUAAUAGGAGAAAACCACGGACUGGAUGUCAUCUUCCACCUCAUCCCUCAGUACACCACCAAACACCUGCACACCAUCAAGGCAGCCAUUAGUGCCUUUGCUGCUCUGCUGUGCACAAAGGCUAACGUUUGCUCGGUGGUAUCCAAGGGUUACGUCUCUGGCCUCUUGCAGCUUUAUGAGGACUGGGACAGCAAGGAUACUCAACAUGCCGCCAUACCAAUCCGUCACACACUGCUGCGCUGCCUCCAUAAGGUCAGCCACAGUACUGCAGGCAGACAGGCAAUCAUGUCCCAUGGCGGCAUGAGACUGCUGCAUCAGACCACACAGACCUGUUUGUUGAGUAAAGGUCUGGAGUCUCUGGUGGAGCCGUCUGUGCAGCUGAUGAGGAAAUGUCUUCCCAAAACGCCUCUACCUCUGCCCUCAGAUCACUCUGCAUACACCUUUCCCCUGCCUGGAAGACCACGUGCUGUCCCUGACAUGGACAUGGCACCAGAUGAGAGCAGUGAGGAGAGUGAUGAUGAAGAGGCUGAAGAGAACCAAGAGUCUGAGAGCAGAGACUAUGAUGAUGACUUGGAGACUGACCUGAACAAACUUCGUCUUCGCCCGGACCCAGACAGACCUAAAGAGCUGCUGACACAGUACAUCCGCCUCUGUCCUGAGCUCUCACAUGACUUUGAGGAACUGGACCUGAGUUCAGAGUCAGAGGAGAGCUCAGCGUCGGAAUCAUCAUCAGAUGAAGAGGCCGUGCUGCGCAGCAGUUUCUCUCCUCGCUCCUCCAGGAAGGACAGAAAGAAGAGUGAUUCAUCCACCUCCUCCUCAGGCUCUCCCCUAGAGACAGAAGCGUCCAGAAAGGGACGCACUCCAGACGCUGCCCAGUUAGAGCCCCAUGAUUUCCACAGUCACAGCAGCAUCCUCAGCACCUGCCUCGGCCCGAGGACCGUGGUUAGAGAAGCAAAGGGAGAAGUCCCCCCAGGUCUGAGAGGGGAUGAAGAGCUUGAUGAGGAGGAGGGAGCAGAAGUAACCCACCAUGGUACCAUGACAGACAGAUUAUUGGAGAGACAUGGAGCUUGUAUCCCUUACCACGAACCCAAGCUGUACUGCGCUGCGGCUGCCAAAACCAAUUCCAUUCCAGGGUUCAGCAUCCUGGCCUUCCCUGAUUUCUGGGGUCACCUCCCUCCACCAGGACAUGAACCUAUGGCACCUCGUAAACCCAACGUACAGAGGCACAAAGUGUUUGAAGAUGUCCAGCGUUUCUUGAACACUGAUGACAUCACCAACCAGGUAGUCUUUGACCUGGAAGACAGCAGUCUUCAGUGUCCGUCUGAUUCCUUGAGGUUUUUCUCUAACUUUGAAUGUGGGAACCUGAGGAAAGCUGUCCAGGUCCGCAGAUAUGAGUACGACCUCAUACUCAAUGCGGAUGCUAACUGUUCCCAGCACACCCAGUGGUUUUACUUUGAAGUCAGCAACAUGGUGGCAGAUGUCCCCUACCGCUUCAGUGUCAUCAACUGUGAGAAGAGCAACAGCCAGUUCAACUAUGGAAUGCAGCCGGUGCUGUACUCAGUAAGGGAAGCUCUGGAAGGUAGACCACACUGGGUCAGGACCGGAACUGAAAUUUGUUAUUUCAGAAAUCACUUCUGUCCAGCUCGAGGUCGGAGGAGAGCACCCUUUUAUACUCUCACCUUUACCAUCACCUUUAAACACAGUGAGGACGUCUGCUACCUGGCCUACCAUUAUCCCUACACAUACUCUGCUCUGAAGGCUCACCUGAGGGUGCUUCAGAAAUCUGUGGAUCCCUCCCAGGUGUUUUUCAGGCAGCAAAUUCUUUGUGGCACUUUGGCUGGAAACUCCUGCCCAUUGGUCACCAUCACUGCCUGUCCUGCCAGCAGGGCCUGGAGAGACAUGCACCAGCUACGCAAUCGUCCUUACAUUGUGCUGACAGGUCGUGUCCAUCCCGGUGAGUCCAAUGCCAGCUGGUUGAUGAAGGGCACCCUGGAGUUCCUGUGCAGCAGUGACCCGGUGGCUCAGAGUCUGAGGGAGGCCUUUGUCUUCAAGAUUAUCCCCAUGCUCAACCCAGAUGGAGUCAUCAACGGCACGAGUCGCUGUGAUCUGAACGGAGAGGAUCUGAAUCGUCAGUGGUGUAAACCAGACCCCGCCCUCAGUCCCACCAUCUACCACACCAAGGGCUUCCUCUACUACCUCAACAGCAUAGGACGAACUCCACUGACCAUUCCAAAGGCCCUGGAUCGUAUUGCACCAGCCUUUUCUUUCAACAGCUGCAACUAUUUGGUGGAGAAGUCCCGCUCUGCCACAGCCAGGGUGGUGGUCUGGAGGGAGAUGGGUGUGCUGAGGAGUUACACCAUGGAGAGUACUUACAAUGGCUGUGACCAGGGAAUAAACAAGGGCCUGCAGACAGGAACCAGGGAGCUGCAGGAGAUGGGGGUGAAGUUCUGCCACAGUCUUCUGUCUGUAGCCAAAGAUCUGAAGGCUCUUUAUAGCAGGAGACUCAUCAGCCACAUUGACCCAGAUCACAACAUCAUGGACCACAAGUCUCACAACUGUUUUGAAGACGACGAGCCUCCAUGUGUCGAGGAGAUUGAGUAUUCUGCAGACUGUCCUGCACUUAAAGGCACUGAUCUGGAUUCAGAUGUCAACAGCAGCAUGGCCAGUGCUGAUGAAGACGAGGGCGGCAGUGGCGAUGACGAAGGGCACAGGGGAGCAAAGCAACAGCAAGGCAGCAUCAGCCAAACGCAGCAGUCAAGAAUGAAGAGCCGCUUCUUCCCUCAUCUGAUCAAGCAGGCAUCCGUGGAGACACUCGGAGAGAAAAGAAACCCGCGUCACGGUGCAGCCAUCACCAAUGGACAGAUCACAAAUUAAAGGAAUAUUUCUACAUUUUGGAUUUAGCUUUGGAACGAGAGGUAGAGACCAUCAGCUUUUCUCUAAAAGGUCUUCUAUGCAUUGUUAGCUUUCCUCCAUUAAACAUAGCAGCCCUGCAAUUUCUUAAUGAUUACAAAUACUCUUAAUACUUAAUAAUUACUCCUUAAGUUCAGCAGAAAAUCCUCUGUUUCUUUACUACUCAAAGAGCACAUCCCAGGAAGAGGCAAAUUAGCCCCAAGUCAAACAUGGCAUCAAAGUCUGAAAAGAGUGAAAGAGCAACGAUAAAUUCAGUUAAUCAGUCAGAAAGUUCAAGGCUCAGUGGUUAAUUAUUAAGCCACUUGAUUCACAAAGAAAAUUAAAAAUAAAUGUUUUUUUUAACUUCACUUAAAAAAAGCAAAAAUUUUAGGAAUUUAGGGUUAGUGUUCAGGACAGCCAUCUCCCUAAUGAGUACGUGCAGAUGAUUUUCUGUAUAUUAAGCUUUCUGCUAUCUGAGGUAUUAUUUUGGGUUUCAGUAGAUCAUAGGAAGAUGUGAGUAAACACACACUGAAAUGCUGCUUCAGUUUCUUGUUUGGCUGUGGGACAGCAGUUUGCACCAGUUCAGUAGCACAGAUCUAGAGUGACUGAAGUCUGUAUUGUUUGUGUUUGUUUGUGUCAGAACUAAAUUACAGACUUUUAUAUGAAUUGUGGUUCAUUUCUGUGUGUACACACAGAACAGGAAUUACUUUGGCUUACAGUACAUUUAUACAGUCAUAGUGUAGCAGCAGUGGCUGUUUGUCGAAAAAGUUUGAAAUGACCUAUGUUUCCCCUGACACGCCAGAGCAGGAAAUGUAGUGUACUGUGUAGUUGUAGUUGCACUGAUUGCGUUAGCCUGACCUGUGCACGAGCAGCGUUUUUGUCACCACACGGUGGAUUGUUAGCUCCCCUGGAGGAGAGUCCUCUGGGUGAUGGAGUUGGUCAGUCAGUGUACAUCUGUUGUGUUGGUAUCUGGACAGGUUACCUUCCCAAAUUUCCCCAAGGGACCUCCCAAAUGGAUUAAUAAAGUAUAUUCUAUUCUGUUCUAUUCUAUUCAGCUUUGUUACAGUUAUUCAGUGUUACUCAGAUAUUCACUUAGAAAUACGGAUCGGAGGUUUCCGAUCCACGAACCAUGUCUGUGCUGUAAUACUGUCUGCUGACAUGGCUCCUCAGGUGAUUCCCUGCCGGCUGCUCUGCUAACUGGCUAGCAGGCUAGCAUUGAGCAGCACCGUGGCUAACCAACUUUUCAGCGCAACAUGUCGCUGUGUGGAAAUAUUUUGCAGUAGAAAAACUACAAAGCGAGACAGCAACGGACAAUGUUUGCAACGGGCAAUGUUGGCUAAGCCGUUGUACCGAGGGGCGGAAGCUCCGUCGCGACCUACAAGUGGUAAUAAGUAGCAAUUAGCUCGAUGCUAAUAUAAUAUGGAGAAUCCCAUUGACGGGCUAGCGCAUUAGCAUCGGUCGCGCUAUUUUACACACAAACGAUAAACCAAAGCGGGACACCAUAACAGGUGAGUCAUCCAGGUAAUUCACACAGCAACAACAUAUCAGUCACAGACUGAUGUCCCUUCCAGGUACAGCAGGAAGAACAUGAACCGUGAGUGAGCUUCCGGCCCGCGGGAUGUUUGAGAUUUGAAAAACCUUUGUUGCUGCUACAGAGCCAGUAUACUUCAUCUGUGCUGAUCAGAUCAAGCAGCGCUUUUUAUUUCUGUUUCAUUAGGAGAGGGGCAGUCUAAGAGAAGGUUACCCUGUAUGGGUAUCUGCUGAAUUUAAUAAAUAUUAACUGUUAACAGGAUUUCCUGUUUCUCUGGCCUUAUACUUACCUCAGGUUGCCUUUUGGGACAUACAUGCAUACAUUCAUACAUAUACUUGCCUGUAGAGAAGAUUUAUUACAGCAUCAGACAAAAUGUUCCUUCGAUCAACACUUCAAAGUGAAACUUUCUGUCUUGGUUCCAAGAGGAUGAAUCCUAAUGUUUUAUGUUGUAGUUGUAACGUCCCUAAAUUUGAACAGAAAUCUGUUUUAGGCUCCUCCCUUAUAAACGCAAUGUCCUGAAUAAGACUUGAGACCAGCAACAGUAAUAGUGAACGUUACUGUGGCUGUAGUUGCCUUCACUGGUGUGAUGUAGUUUAGGGUGGUGCUGCAGUCCUGUUCCGUGUGAACAUUCAGUGUGAAAGGUUUGUCUAUCAGGUAUGAGUUAUGAUCUAGAUUUUAUAAGAAACUUGUAAUUUGCAGUGACGCACAUGUGAGAUGUGAAACACGUAGAAAAAGUCUGUGAAGAGGUCACUGUGUUUGUAAGUGCUGUACUAAAAAAAACUAUUUCUCCUCUCAUCCAAAAGGCUUCUUCAGGUUUUACUGAUGGCGCGUCCCAGGCACUUAACCGCUCAGGGGGUUAGAAGCCAUCUACAUCAAACUGGAACUACAGUCGCGAACAGAGGAGGUGGAGGUGGACACCACCUAUCAGCUCCUUACAGUGCAGUCUUGAGAUCCCUCCCAGGCGAUCCCUACCCAUUCACACUAUGACUCAUGUGACCUUAACAACUCUGGUGUUAAUGACCCUACAAGAGGUCAAAUAUCUGGACCUCCCGCCCCCACCCAGUCAGACAGAGCUGAAGAAGCCUUUGAAGGUGAAAUGUAUUAGAAUAGCAGUGGUUUUAUUCUGGAACAAAUAAGUUUGUUUUCGACACAAUAAAAC